UCUUUGAUAAAUCGAUUUAUUUUGUAUUAAACCAUAAUAUUACUUACCUAAAGUGAAAACAAAUUUGAGAAAACUUUGUUUAAAUAAUUCAAAUGAAUAUUUUCAGAAAAGUAACAAAACUACUCAUCAGAAAAAAACAACGGAAAUUCAUUAUACAAUAAAUUUCCUUUAUAUUAUUAAAAAAAAAAAUAUUAAUUAUAAACAAUAAUUACAAAAUGGAACCUACGAAGAAUUAUCGUGUUUUUCUCAUAACACUUUGCUCGAGUAUUUUGUACUUUUCCUUCGGAACGGUUUUCGGAUGGACUUCACCAGUUAUGCCCAAAUUGAGAGAUUUAACUAGUGACAGUCCUCUGGAAGCUGCUGUUAGCAAAUCUGAUGAAGGUUGGAUUGGUUCAUUGAUUACAAUAGGAGGACUAACAGUAGCAUCUUUAUUUUCUGGACCAAUAGCUGGUCGUAUUGGACGAAAAAAUACACUUCUUCUUAGUUCGAUAUUUUUUGCACUUCCUUUUGUUCUUUAUAUGUUUGCAAGACAAGUUUGGAUAAUAUGCCUUGGUCGAUUUAUUCAAGGACUUGGAGGUGGACUAACUUCUACUACCCUGCCAGUUUAUAUCGGUGAAAUAGCUCCUGAUGAUUGCCGUGGAGCCUUAUUAACUUGCUAUAAUUUAUUUUGUAUUGGAGGAAUUAUUUAUACCUUUUCGAUUGGUCCAUAUGUCAGUUAUAUGACAUUGCAAUGGUGUUGCCUUGUUAUUCCUGUAGUUUUCUUUAUAAUCUUCUGCUUUAUGCCUGAAACUCCAUAUUAUUAUGCAACCAAAGGACGUAAGCAAGAUGGAAUAAAAGCAAUGAAAUUUAUUCGUGGACAAAGUAUGGAAGCAGCUAAAAUCGAAAUGAACAUGAUUCAAAAAUGGGUUGACGAAACAAUGUCAAAUACUGGAACAAUAUUUGACAUUUUUUGCAAUCGAGGUUAUAGAAAAGCUUUAAUUAUAAGUUGUGGUAUACUUAUCUUUCAAGCCUUUAGCGGAACCACAGCAAUCACAUUCAAUUGUCAGACAAUUUUUAUAGGUGCUGAAUCAACUAUAGAUCCAGCGAUAGCCAGUAUACUUCUUGGAUUGGUACAAUUAGUUGCUAAUGGCCUUACACCACUAUUUGUCGACUCACUUGGACGUAAGAUAAUUCUAUUGAUAUCAGCUACUGGAAUGUCUUUGGCACUAUUUACACUUGGAACAUUCUUUUACAUCAAAACUUUUGAUGAUGCUUCAAAAAUCUUAUGGAUCCCUGUGCCAGCUUUAAUCUUUUAUUAUGCUGCAUUUGCUUUUGGCUUCGGAUCAAUUCCAUGGGCUCUUUUGGGAGAAAUAUUUCCAUCGAAUAUAAAAUCUACGGCUUCAUCAAUUGCUACAACAAAUAUUUGGUUAAUGACAUUUAUAGUGACACGUUGGUAUCCAGAAUUAGACGCUUUAGGGUCUUAUUAUGCAUUUUGGAUUUUCGGAUCUUUGUGUGUUGUUUCGAUAUUUUUCAUAGUUUUUGUUGUGGUCGAAACAAAGGGAUUGAGUUUGCAAGAAAUUCAGAUAAUGUUGCAAGGAUCGAAAAAGUCUGUGAGAAAUGGAAACGAAUAUGAAGGAGUACAGACGAAUAUAUUGGAAAAAAUAUAAGUAAAAUAGAUUUUAAAAAAAAACUCGAUACACAUUUUUGAAAAUUUUAUUGGAUUUUUAAAAGAAUUGCAUAGUAACAAAGAGCUCAGUCAUUAUUUUGAUACAUAAUCGAUUUAACUAUUCUGAUUCAAGCAAGUCUUUGUCUUUCCAACUACUGAAAUACUGUUUUCAAAAUCAAACCCAAAUCAACGCCGCCUUACAGCUCACGACACAUUUAAAUCGAUACUUGCAUAGAAAUUUCUAAUUGCUUAAAAACAUGUAAGCCUCAGAUUUGUUUGAAUUUUAUUUUUAGCAAUUUAUAUUAUAUAAUUAAUAAUGAUUGUAUAUAAUUUAUUAUUGGAAGUUUAAAUUAAAUUUAUUAAAAAAAUAGAUAAACCUGUAUGUAAAUUACAU